CAGUUGGAAUAUUGGUAGAUAAGAUGUAUAUUGUGGCCACCCUUUUGGAUUUGGAAGAGAGAGAAAGUAGUAGUGAAAGAUUGGACACACAAACAUCAUAUACAUUCACAGCCAUAAAAUUGGAUGAUAGGCUUAUCUUCCUUCACCAAUCUCAUCCACUCUCAUCUUCAACACUAUAUGCUUACAAACACCCCCCAAACAUCCCACUGCAAACAAAGUAACACACCAUGGCUUCUGCUGCCUUCACCAUGGCCAACUCCUCUCUCCAGGUGAAUGCUAAAGGGUUUUCUGAAUUUUCUGGGCUUCGUACCUCAUCUCUUCCUAUUGGAAGGAAAGGUUCUGAUGAUUUGGUGUCUUUGGUUGCCUUCCAAACCUCUUUUGUUGGUUCAAGCAAAGGUACUAAGGGACCGGUUGAAGCAAAGCUGAAGGUUGCCAUCAAUGGGUUCGGUCGUAUCGGAAGGAACUUCUUGAGGUGUUGGCAUGGGCGGAAGGAUUCUCCUCUGGAUGUCAUUGCCAUCAACGACACCGGAGGUGUGAAACAAGCUUCCCACCUUCUCAAGUACGACUCCACCCUCGGCAUCUUUGACGCCGAUGUCAAACCCGCCGGUGACAACGGUAUUUCCGUCGAUGGCAAGAUCAUCAAAGUCGUCUCUGACCGUAACCCCUCCAACCUUCCAUGGGGGGAAUUGGGGAUUGAUUUGGUGAUUGAAGGCACAGGGGUGUUCGUGGACAGAGAAGGUGCUGGGAAGCAUAUUGAGGCAGGAGCCAAGAAGGUGUUGAUCACUGCACCUGGGAAAGGAGACAUUCCCACUUAUGUUGUCGGUGUCAACGCCGAGCUUUACAACCAUUCCGAGGCCAUCAUCAGCAACGCCUCCUGCACCACCAACUGCCUCGCUCCUUUCGUCAAAGUCAUCGACCAAAAAUUCGGAAUCAUCAAGGGAACAAUGACCACCACUCAUUCCUACACCGGAGACCAAAGGCUACUCGAUGCCAGCCACCGUGACCUUCGACGUGCAAGAGCUGCAGCACUAAACAUUGUCCCAACCUCCACCGGUGCAGCAAAGGCUGUGGCCCUUGUGUUGCCAUCACUCAAAGGGAAGCUGAACGGGAUCGCUCUACGUGUCCCCACACCCAACGUCUCAGUGGUGGACCUUGUGGUUCAGGUCUCCAAGAAGACUUUCGCUGAGGAGGUCAAUGCGGCAUUCAGAGAGGCUGCAGACAACGAGCUGAAUGGUAUCCUAUCGGUCUGCGAUGAGCCCCUUGUGUCUGUUGACUUCAGAUGCAGCGACGUGUCAUCGACAGUUGACUCGUCAUUGACCAUGGUUAUGGGAGAUGACAUGGUGAAGGUGAUUGCAUGGUACGACAAUGAAUGGGGUUACUCGCAAAGGGUGGUUGAUUUGGCUGACAUUGUUGCUAACAACUGGAAGUGAAGUGAGCUUCAGUCAUCAGUCAUUUAAUUUCUUCCAAGUAAUUGAUUACUUUUGUAUGAAUAUAAUCUUUAUAUAUAUUUUAAUUUUAUAUGUAAUGUAAUCAGAGUUUGAAGUAUUUGGAACGAUUAUUCUAAAGCAAAUAAAGAGCUUUUCUUCGUUGUUUUUCA